GCCUGCAGUCCACAGCCUCGCCCUGCACCUGCCAAGCUGCAGCCGGAAAAUGUUCUCUAAAUCCUUCAAGUUUCGUGCAUCUUCCAUCUCAACACCUACAUACUUCAACAGGCUCCCGACGCCUUUCACCUUGCGCACACCUCAUCAACACCCGAAGCCAAGAGCUUCUUAUCAACAUGGGUUCCGUCGUCAUUCCUCACCUUAUCAGCGCGUGGCACGUCGACCAAGCAAUCUUGUCUGAGGACGAGAGACUAGUAAUCAUCCGCUUCGGUCGUGACGAAGAUCCGGACUGCAUGCGUCAGGAUGAGGUGCUCUAUAAGAUUGCCGAUAUUGUGAAGAACUUUGCUGUCAUCUAUGUCUGCAACCUCGAUGAAGUACCCGACUUUAAGCAAAUGUACGAACUCUACGAUCCUGUCACCCUCAUGUUCUUCUUCCGCAACAAGCAUAUGAUGUGCGAUUUUGGCACUGGUAACAACAACAAGAUGAACUGGGUCCUCGAAGAUAAACAAGAGCUGAUCGACAUCAUCGAGACUAUCUACAAAGGCGCGAAGAAGGGAAGGGGUUUGGUCGUCUCACCAAAAGAUUAUUCGACAAGAUACAGGUACUAAACGGUCUUGGACGCAGGCUUGCGUUCCUUGCUCCGGAUAGACGACGUUUGCCAAGGUUGUGCCAGGUAUACACGACUUCUGCCGUCG